CCCUACAGUCACAAAAUACGAUGGGCAGCCCGCGCUGUGUUUGCACCCAUUCGCUAAAUCACCAAUGAACUGCUGCCAACUACCGCUGCCAUUUUAACGGGAAGAGUGGAGAGAAAGCUAUCUGGGAAACUACGCGUUUGUUGUUCAGAGGUCUUAUAUACACAUACAACUAUUUCACCAUGGCUAUGCAAGCAGCGAAACGUGCUAAUAUCCGAUUACCCCCUGAGGUGAACAGAAUCCUGUACGUCAGGAACCUUCCUUACAAGAUAACAGCGGAGGAAAUGUAUGACAUCUUUGGGAAAUAUGGACCAAUACGUCAAAUCAGAACAGGGAACACACCAGAAUCAAGGGGAACAGCUUAUGUGGUUUAUGAAGACAUCUUUGACGCCAAGAACGCCUGUGACCAUCUGUCAGGCUUCAACGUCUGCAACCGUUACCUGGUGGUCCUCUACUACAACGCAAACAGAGCUUUCCAGAAGAUGGACACAAAGAAGAAAGAGGAACAGCUGAAGCUUCUAAAAGAGAAAUACGGCAUCAACACAGACCCUCCAAAGUAGCGCUCACCCCCCUCCACCUGGCGCCUCUAUGUUCAAAAGCUUUCUUUGUCUGUCUGUACAAACCUCCCAGGUUCCUUGGUUUUAUGCUGGUGUCACGGACACAGUCGUUGAAAAAUUUCUUUUCUUUUUUUGAUGAAUU